UUCGCUAAAACAUAAAAAAUUUAAAAAAUUAACCAAAAACCAAAAUAGAAACCCUUUCUAUAAAAUGCCUACACUGUACUCAUAUCCUUCCCUCUAAUUUCCUCGAAAACACAACCACUCUAUCUCUCUCAACACUCUUCCUCGUUGCACAAACACAUCUCCCACUUUUUUUUUAUCGAAAGAACACCAAACCCAGAAACCCAGAAAAAUGGACCACCACCUCAAAUUUGUGAUCAGUGCAUCAGAAGCAGAAACAAUGGCCAAACAACAAGGCUUUAAAUCAGUCCUCAACCUCCUCCCAUUCAUCGCAAAAUCCUCUAAAAAACUCGCCCGCCGUCCUAUCUCCGGCUUCUCCGUCGCCGCCGUAGGCUUAGCUUCCGACGGCCGUAUCUUCAUCGGUGUAAACGUCGAAUUCCCAGGAUUACCCCUCCACCACUCUAUCCACGCCGAGCAAUUCCUCAUCACCAAUCUCUCUCUCCACCACCACCACCACCAACCCUAUAUCAAAAACGUCGUCGUCACCGCCUACCCUUGCGGACAUUGCCGUCAAUUCCUCCAAGAAAUCAGGGAUGCACCAGAAAUCCAGAUCUUCGUUCUAAAAUCUGAUAAAUCGGAUUGCCCAGAUGAUGAAUUAGAUCAAUUUAUGCCGUUAUCUUACUUUCUACCUCACAGAUUUGGCCCGGAUGAUUUACUGGAUAAAGACGUUCCUCUAAUUCUGGAGAAUCGCGAUAACAAUCUGGUUCUCCUCGAUCGUGAAAAUAAUGUUGAAAAUGGUGGAUUGUGUAAUGGAUUUUCGAAGUCUGAAGAAAGGGGGGUUGUUUUAGCAGCAUUAGAGGCGGCGAAUAAGUCUCACGCGCCGUACAGCGGGUGUCCGUCUGGGAUGGCGUUGAUCGAUAAGGAUGGAGUUAUCUACAAGGGUAGUUACAUGGAGUCUGCGGCUUAUAACCCGAGUAUGGGACCCGCACAAGCCGCCAUUAUCGCUUAUAUGGCGGCGGCGGCAGAAGGCGGCGAAGGUGGUGGUGAUUAUGAAAGGAUUGUGGGUGCUGUGUUGGUUGAAGUUGAAGGUGCUGUUGUUAGACAAGAAGAGACUGUGAGAUUGUUUCUGAAUGCUGUUAUACCAAAAUGUGAAUUUCAUGUGUUUCAUUGCCAGAAAUCAGGUUCUGGUAAUGUGAUAGGUAAAGGGAAUCAAAUUGUUCAAAAAUGAUUUCAUGAAAUCGAUUGUUUGUAAUAAUUCUGAUGAUUAUUCAUAUAUUAUGAUCAUUGUGUAUAGAAAAUUGAUAUAAAUGGUACUUUGAUUUGUUGUGUCUCUAAAUAA